AGCUCGGUUUGAACUACUUAUUAAACUUUGUGUUUGAAAUGAAACUCGGUAGAUGGUACUAAUUUGUGUAAAUAAUAGUGAUUUUUAAAGCAAUAUAACAGUGGUACCCAGUUUCUGUGUCAGUGAAAGCUUUUUUUUUUCUACGCUCAUUUCGCAUCUCUGUGAAAAAAACAUAACGUAAAUAUGAAGAAUACUGUACUUAUUCACAGAAAUCCGAUCAAAGGUCGUUUGUUUCGACCUCGAAAUGCUGAAGCACCUGUUGAAUUAUUGGCAAACACAUCGCCAGAGGGCGCCGUACAUUGUAACUGACGACCCCUUAUACUGUAAAGACUUGUCUUCAGGGUUUUCGCCUUGCCAAGAAAUCUACACCGUCAGCCGCGUGAACCCCCUUUAUAAGGACUCUGGAUGUGAUGAUGUGAAUAGCUAUCAGUCCGGAGAUUCUAAUUUAAUCUCAAAUUUGGAUGACGUAAAUGGAUGGGAGUGCCUCACUUGUGGCUCCAAUUCUCCUAGGUUAUCCUACCAAAUUACAAGGACUUUUGCCGAGAUUCAUAACGCCCCUUCUUUUCUCCAUCGGAAAAUCUCCCUACCUUUCACUCAGGAGAUGGCUCCUGACGUGGAUGGAGUCGAUGUCUCCACAAAGUCGCCGUUGAAUAAAAAUGUCACAAACAAUUCGUUUAGUAGCCAAAUUAAGAACGCUUACAAGCGCUUAUGUUCUAAAAGCGAAAGAAAUGGAAGCUCUUCUGGGUCUCAAGGGCCCGUUUCGUCCGAAACUGAAGACAGUGGUGUACAGACAGCUACUUCUAUCUCACAAAGUGAAGAGAAUAUGAAAAUAGCAGCGACAGACACUGCUAGUGAAUUGAUACAUUCACGUCAUCGAGAUACACGCGAAACGCCCGUAGCGGAAUCCAUCAACUUAACUGGACAAAAGCACACUCAAUCUCUUUCCACGAAGAGUGAAAAUGUUGAGAGUUUUCUCUAUUCUUUCUUAGACAGAGUAAGAGAAGGACAGCAACAAGCGAAGUCAAGUGAGCCGCAAACCGUUAACAACAAAAUCGCGACUCCAACACCACAAUCUGAGACGAAAGAACCAGAAAAUGCCAUAAAUACCAAAGGUGCUGAUAAAAAAUUACAGAAAAAAAGACAGGAUCGGAAUAAAAACCUAGAAACAGAAACUGUUCCUAAGUCAAAACAUAAAAGCUCAGAUGAAAGUCUGCAAGCUUUUUCUAAAACUACCGAGCAACUCACUAAUCAAACAGUAAGUUCUGGGGCGGCAUUAAAAAGUAUCACUGACAAAGAAGUACAGACUGGACUAAUAAUGAGUAAUUCUGAAGUCCAGCAACGUAGCUCAUGUAUACAAUUAACAAAAAGUUCUUAUCGUGAACCAAAAGCGUUGCAUACAGACAAUCCAGAGCUUAUGGAAGAUGCAAAUGAAUUUACAAAACAUGGUAUUAAUAACGAAGAUGAAACAAUUGGCCAAACACAAGAGAGAAACAAUAAUGGCUUGACUUCAGAGAAAGCAACUUCAGUUCCUAAAUCAACGUCAAACAAUAGUAGUUCCAGUGACUGUUUAUCAGGCUGUCCGUUUUGUGAUCAAGUUACACAAAAUGAACCGGCAGUUCAAACCUUGAUUUCUGAAGUCAAGAAAAGAGACAUCAGAUUUUCGGACAGUGCCAAUUCUGGAAUUUCUUCUUCUGGAUUUAGUUAUGUCGAUGGCCGAACAAUAAACCAAGGUCUGUUUCAAGAAUCGAGGGAAGAAGAGAACUCUAGGCAAAUUCGCCCCAAAACUACUUCAGACCUAUGUAAAAGAUGUGAAGCUCAAAAGAAGGAGCAAGAAACCAAAAAAUACGAGGAGUACUAUAAGUAUCUUCAAAAAUCUGGAGUUCGGCAACGACCAGAAGGUUCGGAACAAUGUCAAAAUUGUCAGAAACGGUUUUCUGAAUACUUCUGUAUAAUGUGUAGAAAUAAAUCUAUGGCAUCAAACGCUCGCAGACAACGAAAUUUUAGAGUUCCACCAGAUGGAUCCAGGUUGACCAGUUCGAUGGAUCACAUGAAGAAACAUUCAAGACAUUCCCCUGAAGGGUCAUCAGUUGAAUCUUUUCUACACGUGGAAAAAGUGGGUGAUCAUACUGACCAAGACAGGACCUUGUAUGAAAACCAUCACAAUAAUCGCUGGAAUAAUAAAGUAGGACAAGAACCAGGCGUACAUAAAGACAGGAUUGAUGGUAGUUCUCGAGGUUCGAUCAGAGGUAGGAGUCAUUGGAACGAUUCACUUCUUCAGUGCACGUGUCAACAACACAGUGACCGUUAUUUCCAUCAACGCCGUGUAACGUUUGCUGAGGAUUUGCAGAAAACAGAAGGCCAGCAUAAUGAUGAUCCAGAACAAGAUAAAAAUAGUGCUUCUGGCUCAAGAAUAGACACCGAGCCUGUUCUCCUAAAUCCUUCUAGACUUCAACCGGAUUCUGUGUCUGCUGACGAAAAUGGAAGUAUGUUGACCUCUUUAGAAUUCAUGGGUUACGGAAGAUUCCAACCCGAUCUCCAGAUCCAUCAAGCACAGCCGGAAGACUUUCUGAGAAACUACCCAUGUGAUGUGGACACCUGGCAGACUUUUCUACGGAACCAAUAUUUACGAAAACGACGGAAGAGGGCGUUGUUUAUGGGUGUUAUGGCUAUCAGUAUCAUCUUAGUAGUAGGGAUCGCUGUGGCUGUUAUACUAGCUUCGUUGAGACGCAAACAUACACAUAUUGUAUAAAGAGUUUAUAUAUGCAUGCAUGUAUGUAUGUAUAUAUAUAUAUAUAUAUAUAUACACACAACUUUAAGACAGAAUUAUUACUAUUUAAAGUUACUUGAAAUGCAUUUUUUCCUGUUUUAUCUAAUUCUAAAUUAUUGUUUAAUUGAUUAAAGAAACUAACCCUAAUUACAAUACAAUAACUUAUUCCUAAUCCUAAGUGUUCCUGACCAACUUCUUUUUUUGGCGAAUUAAUUUUUUGUGAUUUAAACUCGUUGUUAGAGUUGGAAAACUUAGCGCAAGUGAAAAAUCAAGAACGAUUUAGAAUUACAUUAUAUACUAUAUUAAUUAAUACGUAUUUAAAGUGUUUAAGUUACACAGAGUCAAGUAUUAGGGAACUAGGCCGCUUAGGAAGAUAAAUUUAAAAAUAGUUCAACAUAUGGUCACUUGGCAGCUACGAAGGAGCUAAAAAUGGUUUCAGACGUUGGAACCUAUUGAUCAAUGGCCAAAUUAAUACCUUCAGUCAUCAACUUUAUAAAGUACAUGACAUUAUUUGAACCUGGAUAUUGGGGGUAAGGAGAGGGCAUAGGCUUGCGUGAGCUUUUGACUAAUAGGCUUAAUAACUAAUAUCGAAAAACUGUUUUUGUUUCUAACUAAUAGGCUUAAUAACUAACUAAUAUAGAAAAACUCUGUUCUUGUUUCUAACUAAUAGGCUUAAUAACUAACUAAUAUAGAAAAACUUUGUUCUUGUUUCUAACUAAUAGGCUUAAUAAUUAACUAAUAUAGAAAAACUCUGUUCUUGUUUCUAACUAAUAGGCUUAAUAAUUAACUAAUAUAGAAAAACUGGUCUUGUUUCCAACUAAUAGGCGUUAGUAUUACUGUACGAAAACUCUGUUCUUGUUUCUAACUAAUAGGCUUAAUAACUAACUAAUAUAGAAAAACUCUGUUCUUGUUUCUAACUAAUAGGCUUAAUAAUUAACUAAUAUAGAAAAACUGGUCUUGUUUCCAACUAAUAGGCCUUAGUGGAUUAUAGAAAAACUCAGUUCUUGUUUAUAUAUCGGAUUUUGCACCUUUAAAGGGACUAAGAAAAAAUAAUCAAGUUGGGUAGUUGUUUCCAUAUUUUAUUGAAUUAUA